GUUCCUCUUCUCUAACCUUCCGCAGUAGCGGGAGCAAAGCUUCCUUAACCAGAGGAAACAGUGCGCAAGGAGAAGCGAUGCCCAGUACCAGACCACCUGCUUCAUCUGUGAGUACGUCUAGACCUGCUUCUAGGAGAUCUUCGGAUAAUAAAGCAGGUGCGACGAAAGACAAGAGUAGACCUUCGGAUAUUAGAGCUCCUGGUGGAAAUGUUGCUGCACAACAGGAGACUCCCGCAUCUCCUCCAGAAGGCGAUCAUGACCCGACUACAGGAGGGAUGGAUGCUGAUGUCGAUGGUUCCGAUCAAAAUGUUGGUCGUGGGGUGGGUGUUCUUAAUGCAGCUCCUGGGGGCGCCACCACUGCAGGUGGAGGUGCUGAAGAUCCUGGCACAAGAACUGGUCUCGAUGGAGCGGAGGACGAUGGGCAGCCGGAUGACGAAGUUAAUUAUCCUCAAGAUGAGGAUGACGAAGUGUUCAUCGACCCGAGUGCCUUGACAAACGGCCAAUUGCCUUUGCACUUGAUGUUAGGCAGCACAGGGACAAAACUGGUCCGUCAUGCCAUGAAGGAUGAACUGAACGUGAAGCGCGUGUCUAAGCCCCGUGACGUUAAAGUUCCCUUCGUCUCCGUAAGAGAGUUACUACGGGAGUGCCUGGACAGGUUUAUGGAGGCGGGACGUGAGUUGAGCAUCGUCGACACGUUUACGGAAGCUCUAGUGAAUGACCAGCGUGCAACCAGUAAGAAACGAGCUGCCUCGACGGCGGGAACGUCGAGCUACGUGACUGGACCAGAGAUGCUUCAGAGGAUGAAGAGCCGGCGAAGUGGGACUACUGGAGGUGGAUCUAAUUCUCCUGGCCCCCUAGAAGCUGCAGGAGGAGGACCACAAGGACCUACAGCAGGAACAACUAAUGUCGAUGGUCCUGAGCGCAACUUUGAGAAGGAGGAAGGACCCUUUUCCGGUCACAAAAUCCAUAAACAAGCCUGGGUCGACGUUGGUCUGGAGGAUGGUGGAGAAGAAGAGAAGGGUGGAGAUGGCUCACCAGAUGGCUCACCAGUUGGUCGGGGGAAAGAAGUUAGGGCUUCCUCUCCAUCAAGUGGUACUGCCUCUGCUUCUACCGUUACUCCGAGAAAUGGGGGAAAGCAAACCACACCAAGACCGGUUGUCGAUAAAGAGUCUAUAGCCGCUGGUAAGAACCAGGAUGCAAAAGGUGACGUUCUCUCUGAAAUCUGCAACGCUACGGAGAAAGGUGAAAAGAUUCCCACUAUGACAGAGCUAAACAAUCUCCAUCUAGCCCAAUUUGCUAAGAAACUUCGCUCCUUGCGGGAUGCCAGGUCGUUUUCGCACACGGGCUACACGACCCCCCAUGGGCCAGAGCACGAACACGGCGAUCUAGAAAAUGAUAUGGAGUUUCUCAACGCACCGACGCAGGCGUCGAGCUUUCUGUUUGGCGCAGCGAACAAAAUGACCUCCUCUGGUGGUCCUAGGGGUUCUGGCUCUAGAGGUUCUGGCAAAAAAGUGGGCCAGCUGCAAGAGGGUGUAGUCAAGCAUCAUCAGGCGGAACCGCAUAUCAGUUUAGACAAUUUGCUGGGUCCGGAUGUGAACGAGGUGAACCGCACUGCCCGUGAGCAGACAGGCGCAGUUCUGCAAGGCGUUGGCGGAUUCGGCUUACAGCAUGCACCUCCUGCAGCUUUGACCGACUCACUCAGUUUAGACCUUCUAGCUGCAGCGUCGUUUUUUGGUGCGGGUGGAGCUCCGUAUAACCCCUAUGCCCGUGAAUUGUCUGGGGCACAACAAGGAGGUAAGGGCAGCACAUCAACGACGAUCAUCACGACAACAAGCAGCGCGGCAAAUAACCAGCGUGAGAACAAGGAUGCCAUCAUUCAACACGCUCUUCAGCACAUGAAUUCGUCUCCGUCUGGCGGCAAUCUGGGAGGCGCUGUUGAAGAUCAUUCAUCACCACAUCAAGCAGCAGUAACCGCAAAUCUUGCAUCUCCACAGACUACGGCUGUAGCCCCAGCGCCAAAGGAGAAGGAGAGCAGGUCCUCGAAGAGGGGCAAGGAUCAUGAAAAAGAGCCGCGAACGUCCAAGAGUAAGAGCAAAAAAGACAAAGAAAAAUCUAGGACUUCGGAUCAGCAGGAAGAUGCUGAAGACGGAGCAUCUUCUGCUAAGAAGGACAACGAGGAUGCGAGUACAGCGGUCGUUAGUAGAGUCAGUUCUGCAAAAGACAGUGCUAAUAAUGCUGACGCUGAUGGUGCUGGAGCUCUUGUUCGUCCGAGCAAAAGUUCAUCUCAGGACGCGGCACCUGGCUCCUCUACGGGCGCCAAACAAGAUGAAUCUUCAGACACCACUUCCCCCACUGCUUCCACGAUGGCUGCAGCUGCGGAGAUCAAUUUUGCCCCUGAAGAGGGCUCCCACGACGGACCCGAAGGACUCCAUGUCGCUCUCACUCCCUCUUCCGGCGUCCUGAAAAAAGCCUUGAAAACUGCGGAAGGAGAAGCUUCCCCAGAGGGGCACAAGAAAAAGAAGAUGAUGUUUGCGCAGGACGACGAAUUGCAAGAGACACGGGAGUUCGAGGUCUACAGACAUUCGAUCCUCCAGGACGAGGAAGAAGGGGAGGACGAGGAAGCCUCAGGUGGUGACAAAAAGAAGAAGAGCAAGAAAUCCAAAUCAUCCUCCUCAAAAACGCUGUUCUACGAAGAAUCAUCGAGCAAUAUUAUGGAGAAGAAAAGUAAAAAGAGCAGUACUAAAGUUGACAAAGAUAGAAGAAACUCUUCGUCUUCUUCUUCAUCGUCCUCGAAGGAUCGUAAGAUCAAUCCGCAGAAGCCGAACAAGCCAGCAGACAUCUUUGACGAGCAUCAUGAUGACAUUGCUCACGACAUUCGUGAAGAGGAUGUUGGAACCGACCACGUGGAAGAGCCCUCAAAGUCUCCACCUGCCGUGAUGAUGUUUGCACCGGAAAGUGGUCGUGGAGCCAAGACUGCCAAAUCUGCCGUGCUAUCCUCCGUCAACAGCAGCACAGCUUCAACUGGAAAAGGAAACGCUCUCCAAAGCGCGGCAAAGCGUGCUCGUGGCAAGCAAGCGAAGGAAGAAGGUGAAGCAGCGGGUCGUGGUGAUACUUCAUUCAGCAAGCCUGGAGAUGUUGACGUCCAAGUUAUUGGAGGCAGUGACCACGACAUCACUAGUAUGGGUGCCGACGGCAUUGCCUCAACUGUCAAUGGUUUGGCGGCUGGUGCACCAGGGGUUGAAGAAGUAGUGGUCAUCGAGGACCGACCCCUGCCACCAGGCAAAAACCUCCAGCAAUUCAACGGCGAUUUCCUUCUCCUGCCUUCUCCUCGUUCCGCUCGUGUCCCUUUCGUUUGUGAAGAGAAGAACGAAAAGAACCCGAACAGGGCUCUUAGACCGGUUUCCACUGCGGACUUGAGUACAUUGUCUUCUUCUUGGUGGACUAAAAUUGAGCACACCGACAUGGGCCCCGACCGCAGUCGAUUCGCAGCAGAUACUGAUACAGCACGACCAAGAAUUCAGAGACGUAGAAGUCGCUCUAGUGACGAGCACUUCGUUGAGGAGCAAGACGAGCACGUGCAAAACGUGAUUUCCCAUGGAUUGCGAGAUAAGAUUAGGUCAAAAAGUCCAGGAGCUCAAGAACUACCUUCUCAACAUCAGCAGCAGCAUUCCUUCUUUGCUCCGGAAUAUGUCAACGGCCUAACCGGCAGCACCACCUUCGCAACUCCCCAGCUCCAGGAUGGCAAGCAUCAAGCAAACCGACGUUGCGUCCUAGGCUUUCGCUUCUGCUUAGUCCGCGACCUUGUGGAAAUGCACCAGCACCAAGAACGCCUACUCCAACUCCAGGAAGAGAUGAUACACUGGAUUUGGCAACUAGACCGUUGUGCCACUACAGUCUACGACAACUCAGAUUUGCCCUAUUCCGGUUCAUCUAUGGGUUCUAAUUUUAAGGGUACAAGAAAUCUCCCAUUUUCAGAGGCAUCUUGGUCCCGUUUUUAAAGGGCAAAGGAGACCCAAGAUGCUGCGGAGGAUGGAUUUCCAUUAGUUCUAAUAAUUAUAUGGCUUCUACUGCGGGACCUUCCGCAACCAAGCCCGGUGGCACUAAUAGUGUUUCUACACCGCGGGUGCCUCUGUACUAUCGGCAUGAUGUAGUAAAAACCACGCGAACCACGAGAACCACAACAACUGAAGAAGUCGAAGUUUCGUCCACCUCUUCUGGAGAUGAAAUCCAAUUUGUUGGCAGAGGGAAAGAUCCGGUGAUGAGACGUGUGGAACGCACCAGAUCUGAACAUGUCGAGCACGUGGAGAUUUUCACCAGCACCUCUUCGUCGAGUAGCUCAGACGAGGAAGCAGGAGUUAGAGUUGACUGUGGUCGUGCUGAGGUGGCUGCCCCAGGAGUUAGAGAAGGUGAGAAGAUGACUAAAAGAACUCCAUCGACGAACAAAAGUGCCUUAAAGUCUCCGACGCCAUCUUCGAAGAAGGAGAAAUCUUCAUCUGCUUCUUCUCGGCGUAGCUCCUCUUCAAAGAAGGACAAUAGACCUUCAUCAUCUAGUAAGAAGGAGAAAAACAAGAAGCCUUCUUCCAGUACUAGCUCUCGUCGUGAUAAUAGUUCCACUCGUCGUGACAAGGACCGCAAAGAAAACUCCGUGCAAGAGGAGCGCGACGUCAGUCCAAGUUCCUACCUGUUUAUGGAGGCGGGCGAGGGAACCGGAACGAGGAAGUCCAGUUUUACCCGCGGUGGCAACAAUAUGAAUUCCUCGAUGUCUUCAGCAAGCCAAAAUUCUUCUAUCAGAGGGAAGCCAAUAUCCGAAGCUGCGGAAGAACGAAAGAGCAAAAAAGCGAGGAAAAGCACCAAGGACAAAGAAGGCAGCACUAAAAAGGAUAAAGACAAAGAUAAAGACAAAGAGGAAAAAGGCUCUUCUAGUGGAGGCUCUGGGAAGAAUGGAAAGAAGACUAAAGAAGAGAAAGCAGCUGAAAAAGCUGCACGUGCUGAAGGUGAAGCAUUGUCGGGUAGUGCUGGCGAGACUUCUGCGGUGGAUGGAGCCAACAAAAGUCACUCCUCUUCUGGUGCUGACUCUUCGGGUACAGAUAACGCUGGUCGUGGUGGCGUACUACCCGACCAUAGCCAGCCCAUGGGAGCAGGUGCACUUAGCGAAGAUCAAACUUCGUUGAAGAAGAUGGCAGGAGGUGCCGAAAAGGGCACGCGGCUCGGUACGCCGUGGACGUUCGAUGAGUCACGUCCUGGAUUAUUUGAAUCUGUCAAACGAGAGUGGGCUCAGCAAUUCGGAGGAGCUGCAAAGACAAGUGGUGCUGAUCCCGCACAUCAACUCUUAGAUCAUGAUGAGUAUAAUGGGAAUCCUAACCCUCUUGGUAUUGCAGAUCCGCUUGCUUCUACUCCCAGAAGCUACAAUGAUCCGAUGGCUACUACAACUCAAAUGUUGGCAAAAGGAAAGAACAAGAACCGCAGCAGCUUGAAUCAAGAGGAGUUGAUGCAAGCUCUGCGAGGCGAUGUAGUUUCUGGAACAAAGAACACCAGAAUCUUCAAGAAGAAGCCUCAACCGUUGUUGAAAAUGCUCUUGACAGCGCAUUUGAAGCGCAAAGAUAGCAACUAUGUUUUCUACAACGGUGAUUUGAAGCAGCGUUGUAUGCAGUUGGGGAAUCGAGUCGAUGAAGGCACCAUGCCCGUGCUGAAGCAUCUAGGUGACGUCUUCUUCCACGACAAUCACCUAUUCUCAGCGAACAAGAUGCUGAACCACCCAUACUACGGCAGUCACCCUCAAGCAUCGUCCGCGCAGUACCAAGAAGCGAUAGCGAAAGCGACGAAUCGCACGAGCAACACUACGACAACCGGAUUCACUGGUGGCUCCCUGUUGAACGAGAAAGGCGCGAUGACUGGCGUCCUUUUGAGAAACGUGGAUCCGAUGAUCCGAGCCAUGCUCCGCUACGUCGACCACACUGCGACUACAACUCUGGCGCCAACCGACGAUGUCAUCGUCCACUCACCGUCGCAAGAGAAUUACGCCUUUGCGCAUUUCUUGAAGAACAGUCGGAAAUACUUGGGCUUGCGACAGCAGGAGCUCGAACUGCACAAAACCCACAUGAACGAGACGGCUUUCAGGAACGCCAGAAAGCAUGCGGAAAUGCGAAGACAGAAGAUCUUCAACGUGUCUUAUACCGAUAUGGACUCGGCCGAACUGAUGUUCCAUGCCCAUGCGUUUCGGACUUUGGAGCCUUACUUCGUGCCGCCAGCCGCAGCAGGUGCGCCAGCCUCUACUGCGGCGAAAAGCUCUAUGCAACUAGGCUCGAUCAUCGACGCUAGCGAGAGGUUUGGGUGCACUAGUUUAGGCCUCGGCGGAGGUUCUUCUGGCGUCGUUGGAGGAGCAAAGCCGAUCAUGCGGUCUAGGAUGUUGGUUGACGGCGACAUCGAAGUCGGUGCCACAAGCUUGGCUUCUCGCCAUUUGCAUCCGGAAACGGCACUUGGCGCGACACGCGGACACAGUCUGGGUGUGGACCACGUGGAUUCCGUAGUUGCCUCCGAUCCGAAGUUGAAUGAAGCUGAGAUGAAUCCCUAUGCGGUCGCGAAUCGCGGUUAUUACCAAAACUUGCAGAGAACGAACAGGUCCAAUUCUACUUCCGGAAGAUUAGGCUUGUCCCCAGGCAGACGCCGUAGCGAGAGCUAUGGAGGCUACGGUGGCUAUGGUGGACGUUACGAAGCAGAGGGCGCUGGGGAUAGUUGUACUAUCGUCGCCCACGAGUCGCAGUCUGUGCAUCUCGACCCGAAUCGCCAAUCGAGUGCGGUCACAGCGGGCCAAUUCAACGUCGCAAACGGCCAAAAAGCCUUUGAAACGGAGUGCCAGACCGGUGGCACAGUCUUCUCCGGCUUGCGUGGAGCGCAGAUCGAACGGAAAAAACACUUUCUGCAGAGACAACAGCAAGCGUUGCUGAAAGAUGCGCUGAUCGACUUCAGCAAAAACUCAUCGUUCUCGCAAAACGGCCUUUCGCCGAAACGACAUGACGAGGAAUCUAGAUUCGACAGACUCUAUGCAGAUGCGGUACGAAGAAGCGCGAGUGUAGCAGCUUCUAGGUUGAUGAUCGAUAGUCUGCAGUUGCAGGACAAUAAAGAGGAGAUGGCGCCGCUGACGACGAAGGAGAGAGACGUACCUGCUGUUAUACUUCUAGUUUUCAUCUGACUUCUUCUUCUUCAGAUUCUGCAUCUAGUUUGAUAUCACAUAUUGUAAUGUUUCGUGGCCACUAAGAUUUAUUUAGAUAUUUGAAUUACUUGACUUUUUUUCGGUCUUUUGCUUUCUAGUUAGGUGUGCUCCACCGCUCUUAUUAUAAUGUUUCUGAAAAUUGUAAUUGUCUAAAGAUCAAACGAGGCCCCUCCAUCUCCCUCCUCCUCCAGGCCUGCCUCCGCCUCAAGAAGCAGAUCGAAUUGAUGAAACGACGCGGCGAAUACGAUGGUCCGACCCCUCCAAGUCCAAGGCACUGGCGAGAGAAGGUCACGCCUGAGCAGCGUGCAGAAUGGUUUAGGGUUGCUGGUGCCAAGCGUGAUGCCCUGUACGAAGCCAGAAGAGCGAAGUCAGAAGCUGAUAAAGCUAAACGUGCACAAAAAGAGAAGGAAGAAGCCGCGGCAAAGGAUAAGGUAUUUCUAAAAUGCAACAAGGUGUUUUCAACAAGGAGACACUAUUUUUUACAGGUUCUGCUCUCGACGCUUCUUCACUCACAAUCAGUCACAAUCUCUUCACAAUGAUCAGAAUAUAACUGUUGUGACCUCAACUAAAAUCUAGAUCUACCCAACCACGAACAGGACGGGCAAUUGCUAGCAGAGCUGAAGGAGAAGCGUCUCGCCGGCAUUUCUGAGUACAUGGCUAGUCAGGGUGAGUUCAAACUUGCUGAGUCUGUGAAGAAAUACAAGGAACGAUGCGACUUGAAGGGCACUGACCAAGACCGCCUUCGGGAGCGCAUGGAGGAGGAAGAGCUGAAAGAGUCGUGCACGUUCUCACCUGAAACGGGGAAAUUAUCCGAAGGUAAGAAGAAGAACUACCGGGAGAAACGUAUGAAAGACUUGGGCAUCGAAAUGACGGCGAAAGCAGAAGACUACAAAUUAGCGCGGAAGGAACUGGAGCGACAAGCGGUGUUGAAACGGCAAGUGGAGAAUCGGGUUUUGGAUCAGCCAUUGGAGGGCGUUGCGAAAACGCCAAAACAACUGUUGGCCGAGAGAGCCGAAGCAGAGAAGAUUCGAAUUGAGAAGUUGAAGGGAUCCAGGCAGAAGAUACGGGCAAAGGACAUGGAGAAGGACGAAGAUGAAGAUGUUCUUGACGGGGGCAACGAUAAGAAGGACGUUGUUGAGGAGGAUGAAGAGCUAGAUACGGAUGAAGAGAGACGUGUGGAUGGUGAUGAAGAUGGCGAAGAAAAAGGGACCUCGUCCAAGAAGUCCUCUCGGUCUCGAUCUCCUAAGAACAAAGAUCCUUCUAGUUCUACCUCACCUAAGAGUACUUCAGGCAGAUAUUAUGACGAAAACGGUCGCCGCCACAAGUCUUUCCGUGAAAAGCGCGAACAAGGUGAGACGAAACUGGCCAGUACCUCUCGCGGCACCCAGCGUCACGUUCGUACGAGUCUCGCCCACGCGUUCGCGAAGGAGGAACUCGACGAGAUGUACGUCAUCGGCAAACCCGGGUACGCACCGCCUUUAACCAUCGACGGCACAGCCCACAAUCUACGUUCGCCGCCAGAGAAGAAAGAAAACGGACCAGAGAAUGGGUUUGAGUUCACACCACAAUUGCGCAAUGUCUUUUCGGACAAGAAAUGUUGGCCGAUUUCGGAACGCUUCCGGAAGUCUACGAAGCACAAAGUGUUUGAACCAGAGGACUUCUCGAACCCGGAAUUCAAGGGGAGGUACAUUGAAGGUGCGGACGUGGUGGACCGCUUGUACUACUUGGAUCACGCCCAACCCUUGAGACUCGAGUCCUGGCAACAGCAAAAGCAGACGCUGGUGAAGAAAGUCGUCAAGGCCACGACGGACCGUGUGCGAGCAACGAAGCGAGCUGAGAAAGCUGCGAAAGGUGAUCAGCACCCGGAAGACACGCUGAGAAGGUACAAGGAAGAAGACGAAAAGUACGUGGCGGAUGAAGAAGAACGACUCUUGUUAGAGAGCAAGGCGACUAGGGACGAAGACGGCACCUUAAUCAGCAUGGAAGGGGGCCAUCCGAUCAUCAUUACGCCUCCGCAUAGGUCCACGACCAAGGAAAUCGAGGAGCAAGAAGUCCGAAAAGCGGCUGCAACGCUCGCCCACAUCGAUUUAGCGGGUGGUGAACAUAUAGGCGUAGCCGGUGACGGAGACGUUCUAGAUGUUUUCGAAGAAGCGUCUCUCGAACACGCGAAUAUGGCGCAUGAGAAUGUCCGGCAGCAUUCGUCUGGAAGAUUGCAUCGUAGUGAGAGAUUGCAUCUGGAAAAAGUAGAGAGGAGACGGAAUCCCUCAGCUUUCGUCAACAAUAAAGACGACUCUCCCACCGCUGUUGAUGGUGAAGAUGCAGAACGGCGUACACACCAAGUUCCACCUACUAUGGAAUUGCCGAAAGAUCUUGCGGAUUUGCAUAUAGGAAAGGAUCAGCAGGGUACUGCUUUCUUCUAUUUGUGACACCGACUGCUCCUGCAUUAGCUAAUUAACCAACGUGAUCUUCGUUCUUCCAUCACUUUCACAGCCUGACUCCCUUCCAACACAUAAUCUUCAUCAUCUUCUACUUUCUCUAGCCUCCGUAGCGACUGGUGCCUUUCUCUAGCCUUAAUAUCGUUGUACCUUCUAAAGUAAUGCUUCUAGUACUGCUUUUUGGUUUUUUCCUUAGAUAGGCUUAGGUUGGCUCCACCACUACUUUUAUAAUCUUCUAGGAGAAUGAUCUGAAUCAUGAUUCACGACAUUUUUUAGUCAUGGUCUACUUAUCUUCACUUCUUCUAGGUGUUGGCGACAGUCGUGGCGCUCGCGUGCGUGGUCUCGGCGACCGCGCUACGCCGAGAAUAACAAUGACAGUCAGCCCAGAAGAAUUGGCGAACAUGACUGAGAGCCAACGACAGAGGCACCUACAGGAAGAUCUAGGGAUACAAGGCAAUGCGGAGGAUGGAAGCGACAUUCUGACGGCUUUGGAAUCCAAGAUCAUCACCACUGGAGAAGGCGACAACAAGGAAGCGUUUUCGUUGCAUUUGUCUGCUUCGUCAACGGGAGGACGUAGUGAAACAGGAGAACAUUUACCCGGGGUAGGGGGCGCCGCGUCGAGCACUGGCGUAGCUUUUGGCAGUAUGGGAGCUGCAGGUCAUCUUCAUGGAGGAGCUACAGCUAAUUCCUCUCUAGUAUCAUCUGGUGGUGGUUCGCAAAUGCCUUUGUUUCAACAAGAUCGGCAAGUCGCGCGCAUAAAGGCCGCAGAAAAGAGCAUGCUGCGGAAUGCAUCUCACUCUGGAUCGGGCUCCUUUUCCAGCGUAUCCUUCAGUUCCCAGGCAAAAAGCCGCAACAUCUACUCUAUGUCGUCAAGGUCGAUCACUAAGGCGAAAGCGAAGGCCGCGCCGGCGGUCCCAGACACCAGAGACCCUUUAGAAAAAGAAGCAGACGAGCUGUUCCAGAGAACGCAGAUGGAAGCGGUCCUAGAAAUCGGAAAGGAGCCACCUUCUACUGGAAUCGAUCAAGGCCCUGGCGACGCAGAUGGGGGAGCACAAUCUUCAUCUUCAGCACCAAGAACCUCUAGGAAAAGCAGUACUUCUAAGACUCUAAGAGUAUCAUCAGGAGUAGCAAAGCGAAAGUCUAGGAAGUCCACUGCAGCUAGAGCUGAACAGGAGGCAACAGGAGAGGUACUAGCCGAGGACGAGAAAGAUAGGCAAACCACCAAUACUGGCCCAAUACUAGGUCAUCAAGAUCAAGAAGGAGCAGCAGAUCCGCCAGUUCGCAAAAGCCGCUUGUCCGUAAAGAGAGUGAGGCCAUUCGGGAAGAAACGGAAAUCCUCUACGGCAGGAGCCGGUGUGGAGUUACCGCCUUCACCAGUUUCGAUUGUGUACGACGUGGAUAGUGCAGAGCCAGAGGUAGCUGCUGACGACGAUAAUUCAGGCACUGCUACUGCUCUAGGAACUUCUACUACGAGAGCUACUCGUCCUGUUUGUGCAGUAGAACAAGAACCAUCCGCCGCUCCUGCUCCUCCUCCUUCGACCACUGCUCCUGCCGAUGAAACAAGAAAUACCGAAAGUUUGCUUGAAGACGAUCUAUCGAACAAUGUUGGUCCGGUCGAUGAUGACUCACCCCAAAGCAAUGUGGACGAUGACAAAGUCAUGGAUCAGCUACUGGGACAAGAUGUCGGAGCCAACAUCAACAAUACUAUUAACGCUUCUGCUGGUGCCAAGGCAGCUGAGGAGGGGAACGACUUCCUCCGGACGAAGGAAGACCUCUCUCUAGUACCAGGAGACUCCAAUAGCGACAGUGCGGUAGAUCGGACCUCGCUGACAAGUCUGCUAGUCGGCGGAAGGGGAAUGCCGGAGGAACCCAGUGCUAAAAACGUAGCCAAGGAGCGAGCCUCGAUUGAUGAUGACGAGGAUGAAACUUUCCUCUAAAAAAUUUUCACGGGAAUGAGGGACGAAACUUAGCAGGAACAACCAGGCUUCAGCGCGUCAAGCGAAUAAGCAGUUAUGAACACGGCUUGUGCAAUUGCAAGGCGAGCCUUUUCAUUUUUUUGUGCAGUUUGUUCCCGUAGUCUGGACAACAUUAUAAUAAAUAUUUAUAUAUGAAAAUGACAUCAAGAUGAACAUGAUAAAUGUGAAAACAAACUAGUAGAGGCAUUAUGAAAGCUAUUCUUCAAUAACGUGAAAGUACUUAAUCAAAUCAAAAGGCCCUUUGCCCAUCACGACAAGUAAAAAGAGUAACUACUAAAAAAAAUGAAAAGCAACUGGACAACCACACAAGAUAUACACCAACACUAACGUCGAAUCUAUCAGGGAACUGUUCAUACCUACAAAUCGAUUUGCUGUACAGAGAAACGAAUUACAAUCAUUGAUGGAUCAUUGUGUACCAGAGAUAAAAAAUCAUACAUCAGAAAAUACUUAUGGCCACUAAGAAAAACAUUCACGUAAACAACAGCAUCUUUUUCAAGUGUAAAUAAAUACAUCAAGCAGGAGGAGUUGUUAUUACUACUACACUAGAAUUAUAGGGCAUUUUGCCGAGUGCACUCUCUUGCAGGUCGUCAUCUACUAGAACAAAUGAAAAUGUGAACGUGAGAAUGUGAAAGGUUACGAAUUACAAGUGAAUUCUCGUCAACGAGGUCUCGAAGAUGUAAGGAAUGAUCAUCAGCAUGCAGGAUGGUAAUGAUGAG